AUGGGUUUUGUUAAAAUUAUCCAAGUAAUUAUUUUUAAUUAAAACAACUAGUUUACUUAAUAUAUCAGGGUUAAAUUUCGUCUUAACUUGGUUCAGUUGAAAUUUUGAGAUGGAACGUAAAAUACGACGAAAAGCAUUUAGAUCUAUCUCCAACUAUUAUCACCAAUUUUUCAUCAGGUUACGGAAUAUUUAAGUUUAAUUCUGGUAUCUAUAGAUAUAUCUAUGAAUUGCCUGCUUAUAUACAUUCAACCUAUUUAGUUGGAUUUAAAAUUGAAAUUAUUACUUACAAUAAUAUUCCAAUGAAUUGUGGAAUAUAGUUUCAGAUUAAUAAUACUUAUUAUGGAUCUAUUUAUAGAAACGCCUCUGGAAUUCAAACUCAUAGAAUAAAAGUCCUCUCCAGUUCUUCAUAGUCUUCAAUUUAUUACUAGAGUAUGCUCUAUAUUUUAAUUGCAUAUUUCGACAUUCCUAAGUAUUCAUUUCUAUUUUCAGCCAUUGGAAAUUAUACGUAUAUCUCUAUUUAUUUUCCUUAGAGAUGACACAGCAGGAUGGGGAAUGCAUUCCUUAAAAAUUAGCUCUGGAUAUUGCCCUAUUAAUUGUAAAUUGUGCGAAGUAUCAUUUAAAUGUAAGACUUGUAGUAAUGGGUACUAUUUAAGUCGAAAUGGUAUUUGCUUAUCAAGUUGCUCAUCUCCAGAUCAGAAAUUAGUUGGUUAAUAUUGUUAGAAUUAUGAUGAAGAAACACCCUGUAAUAGAUAUUAUAAUUUAUAGACUCUUAAUAUUUGAUUAGAGAAUAUGAAAAUACAGACUUUGAUCCUAAUUAGUAUGCAUAAUACACUUUAAUCUCUCAAAAUGGAACAAACUUUUUAAAAGGAUCAGAUAUCUACUUUUCAUAUUUGCUUGGGAGAAGAGUGUUCGGAGGACCUUUUGUAUGGGCAUAAGCAAAGUUCUAAAGAAUUCAUAAUAUGAUAUCUCCACAUCAUAGCCUCACCAUUAUAUUCUACAUAGUAUAUGGAUCAUAGUUUCCUUCAGAUGGUUAAUUUAUAUAUACAAUAGAGAAUAAUAUAACAGUUUCUAGAUCAAUUACAAACAAUUCUAAAUCGAAUUCAGAUGGGACAAAGUAAGAUGCAGUGUUAGAAAGAAUUCUUCAUAAUACAGAUUCUUUAUCGAUCACUUGGGAAUGUUAUGGUCCAAAUAAUGAACCGAUUAAAGGGUUUUGCGGUUUCCAUACAUAUUAUAUUAUUGUUCAUAAUUGUUAACCUUAUUGUUUAGUAUGUUCAAAUGAGACAACAUGUACUUCAUGGAACAGCACAUAUGAUUCUAAUAUCAAUAAAUUUUCUUAAGCAGAAUGUUUGACUAAUCAAUAUUAUCAUAAGGAGUCUGUAAGAUGUUUAGAUUGUCCAUAAUCUUGUUUAACUUGUACAUCAUAAAUAGAUUGUUAAACAUGCAAAUCAACUUAUAUCUUAACUAAAUUAGGAUGCACUUGCAUGAUGAAUUAAUAUGAAGAAUCAGGUCAAUGUUUUGAUUGUUCAAUUGAAUGUAAUUAAUGUUUAAGUUAUACCUAUUGUAUUGAAUGCUUAAACAGUAAUUAUAGAGAAUUAUUAAAUGGGUAAUGCAAUUGUAUUGAUGGUUAUUAUCCUAUUGUAUAAAAGGCUACAUGCUAAUUAUGUCAUUAAUUUUGUAAAACUUGCAUUGGACCUACCUCUGCUGACUGUUUAACUUGCAAUGAUAUUUCAAAUAUUGAAAAAGUAGGAUCAACAUGUUAAUGUCAAGCUGGAACCUUUUAUCAAGAUGAGAAUAAAGCAUGUUCAAAUUGUCAUUUAUCAUGUUAAACAUGCUUUAGAAUCUCAACAGAUGGCUGUUUAACUUGUGAUCCUAUUUUAAAUAGAAUAUUAAAAGGAUUAUAAUGUGUCUGUGCCCCAGGUUAUUAUGAAUUGAAUAAUAUUUGCAUAAGUAUAUUUAAUUAAGAUAAUAAUAGAUUGUCCAGAUGCAGAAGAUUCAACUUUAAGUUAAUGCUAUAAGUUAUGUAAUAACAAUUAAUUAAUUUGGCAUAAAAUUACUUGUAAUUUUUGUGAUAAUGGAUUUCAAUUAGUGUCUGGAGAGUGUUAACCUAUUUGUGGAGAUUUAUAAAUAAAGGGUGAUGAGUAAUGUGAAGAUAAUAAUACAAUUCUUAAUGAUUUAUGCUAUAAUUGUUAAUUUUAAUGUCCAGCUCAUUGUUUGACUUGUGAUUCAUCAACAACUUUACCUUGCCCUGAUGUUUGUGGAGAUGGAAUUGUAACAGGAUUCGAAGAAUGUGAAGAUGGAAACACAAUUUAAUAUGAUGGAUGUUACAAUUGUAAAUAUUAAUGCUAGCCUUAAUGUACAAAAUGCAUAAAAAAACAAUGUUUUGAAUGUGCAACCCCAGGAUGGUUUAUUGAUCCAACUGUUGAUCCUUGGUAAUGCAAAGAGAGAUGUGGAGAUAUGCUUGUAGUUGGAAAUGAAUAAUGCGAUGAUGGAAAUUUAACUGACACAUAUGGAUGCAAAAAUUGUAAAUAUUUCUGUAGAAUUGGAUGUUCUUCUUGUGAUUAUACAAAUAACCUUUGUUUAAGCUGUGAAUUUGAAGGCUUUACUCCAUAGAAGUAUUAUUGUAGAAAUAUUUGCGGAGAUGGGCUAAUUGUAAAUGAUCCUUAUGGGUUCUAUUUUGAAUAAUGUGAUGAUGGAAAUACAAUUAAAUACGAUGGAUGCGAUUCGGAUUGUAGAUUUUAAUGUUAACUGUCAUCGAUAUGCACUAGUUGUAUAGACAAUCGAUGCCAAGAAUGUGCCGUUGGAUAUCAGCUUUCUGAUGCAAAAAUUUGUAUUGCAAUAUGUGGAGAUUUAAUCAAAGUAGUAAACGAAUAGUGCGAGAGUGGAUUUAUACUACCUUAUUAGGGUUGUUAAAAUUGCAUAGCAAAAUGCUAAUCAUCUUGUGUAGAUUGUUAUAAUAGUGGGUUGGGUUGUAAAUCUUGUAAGACUAAUUAUAAAAAAAUUAAUAAUUUAUGUUAUCCAAUCUGCGGAGACUAAAUAAUAACACCGGAUGAGGAGUGUGAUGACGGGAAUUUAACAUUUGGAGAUGGAUGUCAUUAAUGUUUAUUUAGCUGCCCAAUUUCUUGUUCAAUUUGUCUAAAAGGGGUUUGUUAUGAUUGCAAAGAAGGCUAUUAGUAUAUUAACUUUUCAUGCAUCCAAAUUCAAGAAUAAUUUAUUGAUGCAAGAUGUAAUUAAACAUGCUUAAGUUGCAGUACAUUAGGCAAGGGUUGUAUAGUAUGCUAGAGUGGAUUUGAAAACAUUGAUAAUACUUGCUAUCCUAUUUGUGGAGAUAAAAUAAUUGUUGCUGAGGAAUGGUGUGAUGAUGGUAAUUUAAUAUAUGAGGAUGGAUGUUAUUAAUGUUCUUUUACUUGCUCUGAAACUACUUGCACAAAUUGCCGAAAAGGUCUUUGCUUAAGUUGUCCUGAAAACCAUUUUUUAUAUUAGAACUAAUGCUUUUAAUUAGCUGAAAAUAUUCAUUUCAAAUAGAUUACUAAUUUUGAGGUUACAGAUUUACGUAUUACUUAAAAUUUUAUAGCUAACUCUUAUUAUACUAGUAGAAUUAAUAUGAAGAUCCAUGAAUUUAUGUAAUAUGAAUAUAAUCAGAUUCGUCAAUAUUUAGAAAUUAUGGAUUAAAGUUUUUCUUAUAUAAGCAUAGAUAUAGUAUUCCAAUGCAGUGAGAACAAGUAAGUGAUUAGUCAAUUUAUUUCAUCUAAUUAUCCAAAAGGAAAUGAGAAUCUUGAACAAAUAUAUCAAUAUCAAUGUCACAAUGAAGUUGAUCACACAAUUACUUUUUCUUUUAGGUUAAGUAAGAUAGUGGUAAGAGAUGAAAUAUUGUUAAUCAAAAUUUCUGGAGAUGAUGUGAAAUUAUCAUCUCUAUCUGAAAAGUCUCCAUAAAGGAUUUUACAAAUCACCAUUGUUGAUUUUUGA